CCGGCGGGGCGGCUGCUCCCGGCACAGCGCGCGGCGUCCCCUCAGCCGCCCCGGCCGCCGGGGGCUGCGGCUGCUGCGUCCUCCUCCUCCUCCUUCUCCUCCUUCUCCUCCUCCUUCUCCUUCUUCCUCUUCCUCCUCCCCUUCAGGAGCCGGCAGCGGGCGACGAGGAGCGGUUGCUGCGGCCGGCAUGUGAAGCGGGGCACUCCCUCGCCGCCGCUUGCCUCCGGUUCCUCCCCGGUUCUUCCUGGGGCUCCGCUCGCCAUGAAGAAGUUUUCUCGCAUGCCCAAGUCCGAGGGGAGCGGCGGCGGCGGCGGGACGGCGUGCUGUGGCUCCGGGAGCGGCGUGGCCCUGGGCAGGGCGCUGGCGGUGGGGCGGUACCAGGUGACCCCCGAGGAGCCGCUGGCCGAAGGUGGCUUCUCAACCGUGUUUCUGGUACGCACCCCCAGCGGGACCCGCUGCGCGCUGAAGCGAAUGUGCGUGAAUAACGUGCCAGACCUCAACGUCUGCAAGAGAGAAAUCACCAUUAUGAAAGAGUUAUCUGGGCACAAGAACAUUGUGAGCUAUUUGGACUGUGCUGUCAACUUGCUAAGUGAUAACGUUUGGGAGGUGCUCAUCCUCAUGGAGUACUGUCGAGCUGGGCAAGUUGUGAACCAGAUGAACCAGCGUCUGCAGACAGGCUUCACCGAGUCAGAAGUAAUGAGAAUAUUUUGUGACACCUGUGAAGCUGUUGCCAGGUUGCAUCAGUGCAAAACACCUAUAGUUCACCGGGAUCUGAAGGUGGAGAAUCUAUUGUUAAAUGAUAAUGGGAACUACGUUCUCUGUGAUUUUGGCAGUGCCACUAACAAAUACCUGAACCCUCAAAGAGAUGGUGUUAAUAUGGUUGAAGAAGAAAUUAAAAAGUACACAACACUUUCAUACAGAGCUCCUGAGAUGAUCAAUCUGUAUGGAGGAAAGCCAAUUACUACCAAGGCAGAUAUCUGGGCACUGGGCUGCUUGCUGUAUAAGCUCUGCUUCUUUUCACUUCCCUUUGGAGAAAGUCAGGUUGCCAUUUGCGAUGGAAGCUUUACUAUCCCAGACGGCUCGCGAUACUCCCACAGCGUUCACUGCUUGAUAAGAUAUAUGCUUGAACCAGAUCAAGAGCAGAGACCUGAUAUCUUUCAAGUGUCUUACUUUGCCUUUAAAAUUGCCAAAAAGGAUUGUCCAGUGUCGAAUAUUAGUAAUUCUCCUGUCCCUUCAACUCUUCCUGAACCCAUGACAGCUAGUGAGGCAGCUGCUAGAAAAAGCCAAAUAAAAGCAAGAAUAACAGAUGCUGUUGGACCGACAGAAACCUCAAUUGCACCACGACAAAGACCAAAGGCCAAUUCAAGCACUGCCCCUUCCAGUGUUCUGGCGAUCCAGAGCUCAGCAACUCCUGUCAAAGUACAAGUUCCUGGGGAAUUCGGUAGUCGUGGGCAAAAAGGAACCACGCGCCCAGGGAACGGCCAAGACAUCUCACAGUCCCAAGGGACCACCCCACAGCAGCACAGGGUGCUCCAGCAGCUGCAGCAGGGAGACUGGAGACUGCAGCAGCUGCACCACUUGCAGCACCAACAGCACCAGCCUGCCAUGCAGGAUGCUUAUAUCCAGCAGUAUCACCAAGCAGUGCACCAGCAGAUGGUCCAGCAGCAGCUGUUGCUGCAGUCUGUGUACCAGCAGCAACCUGCCCAGUCACAGUAUCCUGCCAUGCCCCAAUUUCCCCAGGUGCAGCAGUACCAGCAGGCUCUCCUGCAGCAGCAGAUGCUGGCUCAGCAGCGGGCACAGCAGGUGCAGUCCCCUGAAUAUAUCACUUCUCCACAAGACUUUGCACCGGCCUUAAUCUCCUACCCCAGGUCACUCCCAGUGCAUGGUGGAACAGUGGCAGAUCUUCCCUACCCUACAAACAGGUCAGGUAUUCCUGAUGCUGAAGCGAUUGCCAGUUACCCAAAGCAGAACAUCAGUAACCCACCUGAUAUGUCAGGUUGGAAUCCGUUUGGAGAGGACAAUUUUUCCAAGUUGACAGAGGAGGAACUGCUGGACAGAGAAUUUGACCUGCUAAGAUCAAACAGGCUGGUGGACAGGAGAGCAUCUUCAGAUAAGAGUGUGGAGCCACAUGCUGCUCCACAGACAAGUCCUCCUGAAGAUCCGUUUGGUUCUGUUCCUUUCAUUUCUCAGCAAGGUUCCUCUGGAAAACAAGUGGAUAACUCAGCCAGCAAUCCAGGAAAUAUCUUAGGGACCCCAACAAAGGCUGGAAAACUGAGCCAUGCAUUUAGAGAUCCUCGGCCAGGGAGGAAAAGUGCAGAGGCACACGUGACAAAAGGUGGUGAGGAGUCAGAGAGUGAUUUUGAAUCUGAUCCUCCUUCUCCCAAGAGCAGUGAGGAAGAAGAAGAACAGGAGGAUGAAGAAGUCUUGCAUGGAGAGAAUGGAGACUUCAAUGAUGACAAUGAUACAGAACCGGAGAAUUUAGGCCACCGACCUCUCCUCAUGGAUUCUGAGGAAGAGGUGGAGGAAGAGGAGGAGGAAAAACAGAGCUCUGAUUCUGAUUGUGACCGUACCAAGCAAAAAUGUGUGGAAGGGCUCCUGAGCACUCGGUUCAGAGAUGGUGUGGGCAGCGGUGAAAUCACAGAGCCCAGUUCAGUGCCUAUGUCCCUGCCUGAGGUGCCAAGCACUCUGAUCAACCCUGGCCAAGAAUUUGAUGUGUUUGGAGCUGUGCCCUUUUUCACUCUGCAGCCUCAGGCAAGAGAGAAGAUGGACAAAGAUGUUUCUUCUCAGGGCCAAGAGCAGGAUGACUUUGAUGUUUUCACAAAGGCUCCCUUCAGCAAAAAGGUGCCCCAGCAAGAUGGGCAGGGGUCGGGGAUGGAGCCUCUGCUCUCCCCCACCUCUCCACGGAGCGUGGAUAUCUUUGGCUGCACCCCGUUUCAGCCGUCCCUUCUCCCCAAGUCUGCUGGGAGCAGAGAGGACCUGUUUGGGCUGGUUCCGUUUGAGGAGAUCACAGGGAGCCAGCAGCAGAAGGUGAAGCAGCAGCGGAACCUGCAGAAGCUGUCUUCCCGCCAGAGGCGCAUGAAGCAGGAGGUGUCCAAGAACAAUGGGAAGCGCCAUCACGGCACCCCCACCACCACAAAGAAGGGGCUGAAACCCAGCUACCGCACCCCAGAGCGCGCCCGCCGGCACAGGAAGGCCGGCCGCAGGGACUCCCAGAGCAGCAAUGAGUUCCUGACCAUCUCGGACUCCAAGGAGAACAUCAGUGUGGCCUUGACUGACAGCAAGGAUCGAGCCAACCCUCUGCAGGCGGAUGAGACUCUGCUGGAUCCUUUCGGAGCCAAACCCUUCCACCCGCCAGACCUGAUGCGCCAUGCCCAGCACCAGGGCUUUGGGGACAGCUGCGGGGACCAUGGCACCAUGGCUGGCAGGCCAAGGCAGAGCUCCUUUCACGGGGCCGUUCACGGUGGGGACGGGCUGAAAACAGAUGACUUUGGUGCGGUGCCCUUCACAGAGCUGGUCGUGCAGAGUACACAGAGCCAACCACAGCAGGCGCUGGAGUUAGAUCCCUUUGGAGCAGCUCCGUUUCCUUCCAAACAGUAAAGGCUUCCAAUGGGUUCCCCCCACUCCACCUCUCCAAGUCCCUUAAUAAAGGUUUAGUGGAGUAAUUUAUGUGGUUGAAAUGCCAGGGCCCUGGGUUGUACAGCUUGUUCAGGUUGAGGAGGCAGUGGCCUGCGUGCACGAUCGGAUUGCAAAUGAUGGCUAAUUCUGAUUGGGAUCUUUUUGAGAAAAAGAGAAACAAAGCAGGAGCAUUGUUUUCUUAGGGCAGAUGGCUCCCAGAAUGAAACAAGGAAUUGGAUAUGAGUCCCUGUCACUGACUUGGGGCCCUGGGACAUACUGUCAUUCUGCACUGUGGUGUUGCCUUUCCAUCCCUCUGCCCUGUGCCCAUGUGGAGCGGAAGAGGCAGGGAGCACAUGGGAAAUGUUUUUCAUAUGUACAGGGGGGCUAAUGAACUGUGGUGCUUCUUUGUGUCUCAGCAGACCUAAGAACCAAGACAUACUAAAAUCCAGAUUAUAUGCUGGAAAUAGUCAAGUCUUUGCUUCCUAGGUGAAAACUACCUUUAUUAAUCAUAAAAAUAAAGCAACCACAUCCUCAUGGGGCUGUGGCCUAGAAUUCCAGAGCACAGCCAUGGCUUGGGACCUUGCAGACUUCUAUGCAGCUGCAGAGAUGAAAGGCAGAUGGUUUUUUUGGUGUGCCUAAAUGGUCAUUUUUUAAUUAUUUUUUUUUUUUAAUAGUAAGUGCCAUUAAUGUAAAAUAGCAAACUGGAAACGUAGAGUCAAAACUAAAGAAGUAGAUAAUUUACUGAUCUGUGAGAAGCCUGAAUGUAGGGGUGAGCCAGCAGGUACACGGCUGGAAUUGCAGCACUUGAGAGACUCCUCAGCACACUGGAAGAGGAGUUGUCCUUGGGCACAUAUGGAGUGUUUCAGAUGACUUGGAGAGUUCACUGUGAGGUGCAGCCAUUGGAUUGCUUUGAUUACGAAGUGGGAUUUGUGUCUGUUUUCAUCUUGGAUUUUAUUUUCAAGAAAAUGUGUGUUCUCUCAAACAUGGGGGUUUUUUUUACCACAGUAGUUUUAUGAAAUGACUGUAACCUAAUGCUCUUUUAAGGUUUGCUAAAUGCACUGAGCUUUGGAUGAGCUUCCUGCCCCAGCUGUGUUCCAGCAGGAGCUGGUGGCUGCCGGACCACUGAGCUGCUUUUCACCCCACGGAGCCUUACGGGCAGGAGCCUUAUGGGUCCCCUCUGCCCAGGACCUCGGAGGCGUGAGGGACCCCAGGAGGUGCCUCAGGUGAUGGGAGGAGGUGUGAACACUGCUGAGCACAAGAGUUUCCUUCCUGUGGUGUGGAAGUUGGUGCUGUGCGUAGGUGGGACAGCUCCGCUGCCUCGCAGCUUGUCCUGAGCCACGGACACCGUCUGCAGAGCCCACGCCCCUCAGGACAGCCCAGCCCGUCUGCCUGGGUUCCACAGCCAUCUUCACGAGGACACGGAAGGAGGCGGUUCCUCGGCUUGUCUCACCUUUCUGUCCUGCUCCAGUGGAGGCUGAGGAGUAGGUAGCUGGGUGUUCGUAUGUGGAGGACAUCACUGUUUGUGGCCGGGUGUCCUCAUGUCCCCCCCAUCACAGGUGAAGUGAAAUAUUCAGGGUUGUGAGCUUUUUUUCCCCCAAAGCCUCCUGCUGGAUAUACAGGAGAUCUGUGAUCCUGAGAUCUCUUAGGGGGGGAUUUGAUCCCUUACAAUAUUCAUUGAAAACAAAUCACAUGACUCCUUUGGUGACGGUCAGUUGGAUAAAAUGCCGACUAGGAUGUAUGUGAGAUUGCUUCCCUUAGCCCCGGAAUCCGAAAGUUGCUCAUAGCCAUCUGUACACCAUCUGUACAACCUUCAUCUUGCUCAGUUUCAUUUCUCACAGGGUGUAAGUGGAAUAUUCCAGCUGUGCCUGCUUCAGUGUGCCUUUUCCAGGCUUAGAAGUUAAGCCCUUAGGAGAUAGAGUAGAAAUGUUUCAAUACAGGACUUUCCAGGCUUUAUUACUGCUCUUCUCACCUGUUUGGUGCCAAAGGCUGCAAGAAGCACUUGCCAAUUUUUGUAGCAUUUCUGACACUCAGGUUAACUGUCUUUUUCCUUCCCCCCCCCCCCCCCCCCCCCCCCCGUGCAUGCUUAUGAGCUGCCUUUUCAGUGUCCUUCAGAGCUGUUACCUGCCUGAAGAGGUCUUGGAACAGAGUGAGAUGACAAAUGGAGCAGUGGGGUGGACACAAAAUGAGAGUAAAACCAUGGUCCUAAAUGUGGCUGGUCCUUGCCAAAGCCUUGCCUUCCCAGUGGGAAAGCAGCGGGAAGGGUUAACGAUGCGCAUGGCACUGGGGCUUGGCUCCAGGGCCCAGGAAGAGAGGUGGGGGCUGUUGGACACACAGGGAGGAGGCCGGGCAUCAGCAGAUCCAGUGUGGGCAGAAGUGAUCAGGUAAAUUAAAAAUAGAAGGAAAUGCGUUCAUGUGUUGUUGGUUUACCCCCAGACUCCAGGCUGAGAAGUGCUGCAGGGGGUUUUGGCAGAGGGUCUGCACGCGCUUGUAUUGCAGCACAGCAAAGCUGAAGGGAGAGAUGAGGCAAAGGCAAACGGCAGACCCCAGUGGCUCUAGAGCUGGCAUAACAUCUCUGGUGUAUGACUUAGGGCCUGUGAUACUUGCCUCCUAAUGGCCUUAACAAACCUGGUUCUUCAUACUCAAGAUGCCAAACAGGUUUUUGCUUAAAUGUAACGUUUUUGUCUCUAGAGCUAGUUAUUUUAUCCUUUCUCAUGGUCGAUAUGAGAUUGGUGCACCCUGCUAAGCUGACUUUGCCUGGUAUAUGUAGUUUAUGCACAACUAAACCCAAGUUUGGGGUUAUUUUCAGCCACUAUCCACUAUUCAAAGGAGGUGAAAGAUGUGACUAUCUGGGAAUGGGAUAUCCUUCGCCUUUGUUCAGGGUGUGCGGUGUGCAACGUGACCUUCGCUGGAAUCAGGAAAGCCCUUGCUGCAGUAGGCAGGCAUGUACGUGCUGCCUGUGGCAGGAAGAGGGCAAGGUAAGGGGUUGACACUUCCCUUCCAGGCAAAAACCGCAGUGGAUUUUUACAGCUUGUCCUUCUGCGUGCUGAGGGACUGGAGCACAGGCCUUCUAGGAUCAGCUGCUGGAGAGACCGUCUGUCCCAAGGUACUAAGAAGCCCCUAGUGGUUGUGGUCAUUGAAAGAAAAACCAGGUAGUUUUGUUUGUCUGCGGACUCAAAGGGCCCUGAGGUGUAUACUUAAUAUAAUUAAUGCUUUGGCUGCCUUCUGUGUGGCAGGGGGCUCUGUGAGCACCAGCGUUGGAGGAAAAAGUUUCUAAUCAUUCUGGGUGUCCCAGUUAGUAAAACCAAGUACUGUGAAAAUAAGUUGAUAUAUUUGCUACUGUGAGAAUAAGAGUUUAUCUGGAGUUUUUUAUACUAUAUAGUGUAUUUUUAUAUAUGAGAAAUAUAUAUAAAAUAUACACAUGCUCGCACACAUCACGUACCCCUUGGAGUUGCUGUGGUUUUGGUAACCCAGCAGCCACAAUCAUGUUUGUGACUUGAGUGAAUAUGAGUUAAGCACCAAGGGUGGCUGCUGUGUUACUGUUCCACAGUGCUUAUUUUGAAAGGAAAUCAAGAAGAGUGUGUGUAUGGCUAAAGUUGUGACUGAGGCAUCACCUAGUACUAAAGAGCAUAAAAACGAUUUUAAAAUUGCUGGCAUUCAGCUUUUAAGUGCACUUUCCUGAACUACACUUCCACUUCUUGUUAGACUUUGAGUUUUAAAGCUGUUUUGUGUACUACUAAAGCGAGAACUUUUAACUUCUUUUGUGAAGCUGAUGUAUGUCACAAAAUCCUUGGAGUUGUUAAAUAAAAGAACCUGGUAACAGUG